AUGGCCAUGUCUCCGCAACAGUUCUGCCUCCGCUGGAACAACCACCAGUCCAACAUCAUCUCGGUGUUCGAGCAACUCCUCCAAAGUGAAUCUUUCGUCGACGUCACGCUGGCGGUCGAGGGCAUGACGCUGAAAGCCCACAAGGUUGUCCUCUCCGCCUGCAGCCCCUACUUCCAGGCGGUGUUAGCGUCGCACCCCGACAAGCACCCUAUCGUGAUCCUGAAAGACGUGCGCUACACUGACAUGCGGGACCUGCUGGACUUCAUGUACCGCGGCGAGGUGUCCGUCGACCAAGACAACCUCUCGGGCUUCCUGCGGGUGGCGGAGUCCCUCAGGAUCAAGGAGCACCUCGUCGACUUCCUCCGCCUACCUGGUGCCUCAGGCCAUGACCGGCGCCGCCCCGCCCAGCGUGGCCCCAGGCGUGGUUCCCAUGGCGCCUCUCACGCCCCUAGCCGGGGACCCACCGCCCCUAAAACGACCGCCCCUCUCGCCCUCUGCCACGUACGGUGCCAAGAGAAGGCGAGGUCGACCCCCGAAGAUCUCCGGGGAGGAGUCAGAAGGGGAGGUCGGGUCGGUGGCUGGGUCUGUGUCAGCGGCGGAGGGGAGGACAACAAGAGCGAGGCAGAGGUCAAGGUGGAGGUGGAAGAGGUGAAGGAGUCCUUCGAGCCUGACGACCUCAGCACCAAGGACCCCGACACCAAGAGCGUGGAGUCGAACCCGGGACCCUCCGGGGAAAGUCAGGGCAAAGAAGCGACGAGAUUGCCCGCAGACGACCAAGAGAACACGAGGGAGUCGCCCGGGUCAGGCCACGUGGCGGAGUGGACGACUCACGACUACGACCACGACGACCUCCACCACGGCGGGUCGCUGCAUGCCGCCGUCAAGUCCUCCGCCGGGCAGCCUCCGCCCCUGCCGCCGCCCGUCACCGACAUGGACCAGCUCUUCUAUACCAAGAACCUGCUGGAGGCGGCCAUGCUCAAGAACCCCUACGAGGCCCUCAAGACCGACAAGGACCUGCACGGCUCCAUCCUGCUGGCCUCCCUCCGGGCGCCGCUCAAGUUUGGCCUCCACGGCGUGUACGAGCGGGAGGGGGAGCGGGAGGGGGCUGACUCCUCCCCCCACUCCCCUCACACCUCCUCCCCUCAGAAGCCCAGCCAGUCGUCGCCCACCUCAGGAGGCGGCAGUGGCGGUGGCGGCGGAGGCAGCGGCGGCAGCGAGCGAGGCACCAACAACAACAACAAGGUGUCGGUGCCCAUCAUGAGCUACUGCAUCCAGGACAACGGCUUCAAGUGCUCCAAGUGCUUCCAGACCUUCACCCACCCGUCCAACUUCCACCGCCAUUACAUCACCGUCCACACUGACCGCCGCGCCCACAAGUGCCACGUGUGCGGCAAGGAAUUCAAGCGCAAAGACAACAUGAUGUCCCACAUCCGGUCCGUGCACCGCCCGGGCAAGGAGGGCCACACCAUCUUCCGUGAGGUAGCGGCCGUGUCGCCCGGCCUGGGCCGCGAUGUCCCGCACCUGCAGGAGCAGCUGAUGCAGCAGAUGCAGCAGGUGGACAAGGUGUAACCACCCUCCGGCCCGACCUCUCUCACGUGCAAUGUUGGGGUUGUGCCUCUCAUCCCUCCCCUCCCCUCCGCGGCGACAAUCCCCGAGGGUCUGUGAUGCCGACCACCCCGCCCCGCCCCCUCCCGUCUGAGGCCUUACCGCGUGCCUUGUGCCCCCUGCCUCCCCUCCUCCGUGAUGCAGUAUACCGGUUGUAUUACCUAGUGAUAACCAGGACACGUGCAAUAUAGUGCAGUAGUUAUUUAUAGACGCUCCUACAGCAUGACAUUAUGUUAAGUGUGCCUCUGAUGAUGGUCCCGCCUCCCCUCCCCCCACUGCCAAGAGCCAUCCCCUACCCUCCACCUCCUCUUCCACCUUCACCUCCUCCUCUUCCACCUCCUCCUCUUCCUCCGGCGCUCCUCUGUCUCUGUCUGUUUGUCUCGAGGAACUAAGUUCGUCAGGAAUCUCACGCCGGAAAAAAUGUGUGUGUGUGUGUGUGUGUGUGUGUGUGUGUGUGUGUGUGUGUGUGUGUGUGUGUGUGUGUGUGUGUGUGUGUGUGUGUGUGUGUGUGUGUGUGUGUGUGUGUGUGUGUGUGUGUUUCCACGCACACACACACCAUUGUCAGCACAUGAGUCGCGUCUGGACCGCACUUACCAAACACGGACACAAGCGCACAUAACUUUACAACUGUGUGUGUUGUGAAUGCCUUGACAUGGACGCGUGCGUAUGGGCGUGUGUGUGUGUGUGUGUGUGUGUGUGUGUGUGUGUGUGUGUGUGUGUGUGUGUGUGUGUGUGUGUGUGUGUGUGUGUGUGUGUGUGUGUGUGUGUGUGUGUGUGUGUGUGUGUGUGUGUGUGUGUGUGUGUGUGUGUGUGUAGGCGUGUGUAGUGAAUAGUAGGUUAGAGCAGGAUCUCAGCAAGAAGGCGCCGACCCGGAAGAGUAGAGAGGAAAAACAAGGUAUCUUAGUUAAGGUGAGAUGCCAAAUGAUGCAUUUAUGAAGAAACUCACAAAUAGGAGGAUAAUAUUCUCCUUUCUCUCUCUCUCUCUCUCUCUCUCUCUCUCUCUCUCUCUCUCUCUCUCUCUCUCUCUCUCUCUCUCUCUCUCUCUCUCUCUCUCUCUCUCUCUCUCUCUCUCUCUCUCUCUCUCUCUCUCUGCCCGUGUGAUCUUCGCGUUGUGUUUGGACCAAAGCUAGUAAGGUAGUAGAGGAGUAAUGGUCGUGUGCCGCAGUCAUUCAAGUCUACUGAGUAAUAUCUAAAGCAGAGUUAAAACAAUUAUGUAGUGAGUAACGUAAACUUAAACACUUCGAGUAAGAAGUCUAAAAAAAUAAAAUUAUGAAAAAAAGCACCAAGUCAAUAUGUUAAUUCAUUGAUUAUUAUUAUUAUUAUUAUUAUUAUUAUUAUUAUUAUUAUUAUUAUUAUUACGGUACCAAUUUAUCUUAAGUAAUAUAAUAAUAAUAUAUUCUAGUACCCUUAAGAAAUUGUUGAUGAGCUGAUUAAUUUCAUAAUGUUUAAAAAAUUCAAAGGUUGUUUUAAUGUGAAAUCAGGUACGCAUUGUUGUUAUUAUUACCAUUAUCAUUGUCAUUAUUAUCAUUAUUAUCACUUGUUCCUCACGAUUCCUUUAUUAUCAUGACUUGGCACGAGAAGGUAUUGUUCGUAGUCCUUUGUAUUAAUUAAUUACAUAACUAAUAUUAAUGAAGCCGGAAGUGACGUCAUAGCAGUAACAUGAUGGGCGUGGGCUGCUCCUCUUGGCUCCCCCUCCCCACCCUCCACCCACAACUCCGCCCACUCCACCAAACGCCCACGCUCUCUUGUACCCUCCCUCCCUCUCCCUAUUCACCCUCCUUAACUUAGAGAGUAUUUUAUAUUCGUUUACCAAGAAGAUAAAGAAGAAGAAGAAGAAGAAAAAGAAGAAGAAGAAGAUGAUGAUGAUGAUGAAGAAGAUAGAAGAUAGAAAUGCAGACAGAAAAACAAAGAAAGGAGGAAGGAAAGAAAAGUAAGAAAAGGAUAAAAGAAAAGGAAAGAAAAAGAAAACUAUGAAUAAAAAUAUGAAAAAAAUGACAAUACAUCAACAGAAAACGAAAGAAAAACACAAAAUAGAAGUGAAGGAGGGAUUGUCACCCAAACACCUGGACAGCUGAUUAAUUAAGCAGGAAGCAGUGUGUGUCGGGUCGGCGCUCAGGUAACCUUGUAUCUGCUGCUUGGAGGGAAGGAAGAGGGAAGCAGAAAGGACUAAGAGGAGGAGGAGGAGGAGGAGGAGGAGGAAGGAAGGAAGGAAGGAGCAAGGAAGGGUACUGCUUUUAGUUUUAGCAGUAUCCCGUUUUCUUUGCCUUGUAACUUUCCUUUUCUCGUCUCUCUCUCUCUCCCUCUCUUAGCCUCUGUCUCUCUCUCUCUCUCGCUCCAUCAGCGGUACAUCUCUGAGCGUCAGCCUGUCUGUGUGUCUGUACAGGAAGCCGCUACAAGACGGAGCUUCGCCUCCCGUUACGCUGUUGUUUCUGAACGAGGGAGCCUAUUUUGUACGUGUGUGUGUGUGUGCGUGUGCGUGUGUGAUUUUUUGUUUUCCUCUCUAUUUGUUUUUAGCUACUUUUUUUGUUGUUUUUCUUCCUUGUAAAGAGAGUUCUUAUAUCAGAGUAAUAUAUGCAAUACUAGAUAUUCGAUAUUAUUAAUAUGGUUAUUAUUAUUUAUUACUUAAGUUAAUGAAUUUAAUCUAGCAAGGGACCACCGGCGCUGUCCCCAUUCCCUUCCCUUCCCUUCCCCUUCCCUUCCUCCCCAUCCCGUCCCAUCACGUCCCCCCCACCACCCCAGAGGCUACGUAACCCGCCCCUCCUACCAGCCGCCUCCUAUUGGCUACCGAGAACCGACACACGUUUCUGAUUGGUCGCCAGUCUAGGAAGAAAAGAAUCCACAACGAUGAUUGGCCGAGAGGACCUUUAUUCAGCCCCGCCAGUCACUAUACCGACACACACACACACACACACACACACACACACACACACACACACACACACACACACACACACGACCUUCAGAGGCUUUCAUUCGUCGAUAAAUAACUAAUCAUGUCUUUAUUGCCGUAUUUACUAACAGGACACCACCACCAUCUCCAUCACCACCAUCACUACUACUAACAACAACAACAACAACAACAAAACACCGGCACACAGCUGAUUGGUCCAUUGUGAUACUGUACCGUGCCUACGUCAUACCCAAGCCGACCAAUCACGCUUCCAUUUUGUACCUUAAAGAAAAUAACAAAAAGAUACUUAAGACUCCCUUAAAAAAAAUAGUAAGAGUCCAAGAUCCCGUUUUCUUUCCUCCCCUGAGCCGCGGUUCGAGUGGUGGGCUUACUUCACACUUAUUCUUUAGCAGAUGUCCUUUUUUUAUCAUAAUAUAUUGCCGUACUAUUAUUAUUACUAUUACCAUCAUUAUUAUUUAUUUGCUACCGUUAAGAUUUCGGGUACCAGUUGCACUUCUCGCUAUUACAAGGUUGCCGCGUUGCCAUGUUGCCAAUGCCACGUCGAGAGGAUGGCGCGCCUCCACCGUCUUGUGUGUGUGUGUGUGUGUGUGUGUGUGUGUGUGUGUGUGUGUGUGUGUGUGUGUGUGUGUGUGUGUGUGUGUGUGUGUGUGUGUGUGUGUGUGUGUGUGUGUGUGUGUGUGUUCGCUCCUACCAUCUGGAGACUUAAUAUAUAUGUCGGGAAUUUAUAUCGAUAGUGGACAAAGUCUCUCUCUCUCUCUCUCUCUCUCUCUCUCUCUCUCUCUCUCUCUCUCUCUCUCUCUCUCUCUCUCUCUCUCUCUCUCUCUCUCUCUCUUGGUCCCACAUCCUCCCUCCCAUCCCCUCUUUCCUCCAUCGUCCCUACCAGUGUCCUAAUCUUCUUUAUUCCUUCACUCUCCUUCAUUCCCUCACAUCGCUCUUUCUUCUCUCUCUCUCUCCCUCCUCAAGUAUCACCAUUCGUAUGUUAUCCUCUUUCCCUUCUCUUAUUUCCAUUUUCGUAUUGGCUUCUUUCCUAACUUCUUGUCCUCCUGCUCUUUCACUCCCCUCUACCCUUCAAUUGUAUUCUCUUUCUUCCGCACUAAUGCCUCGCUAUCUUCUCUUUCCCUUCUUCUACAGGCACUCUGUAUCUUUGUUUAUUUUCUCUUCUUCUUCUUUCUUUCUCUUUCUUCUCCUCCUCUUUCUCCUCCUCUUCUUCAAGCUCGUGUGUCGACAACCUCACGCUCAAGAUGAAGACAAUCAUAUCACGGCAAAUUAUGAAGGAAAACGUGCGCACAUUAUCGCCUCCAACUCAUUACCAAGUCGAACGAAACGAAAAUAUUAACCUUUUUCAAACAUUUCGCUUCGUGUGGACCGAAAAAAAAAAUACGCGUUCACAAUUUUCCUAUUUUUCGUGCGCGUGUAAAUCGAUGUAAAAAGAAAUUCGAUGUGAAAAAACGGAAAUUUAAGCUAAUCCAUGAAUAAAAAAAAAUGUAUUUUGAUAAAUCCACGGCACAGUGAACAAAAUUUCGCUUUUAAAACCGGCGAUAAACUGAGCAGAGUCGAAAAGGAGAGGCGCAAAAAUUGUUCAGUUAUAAUACAGGACAGGUGGGACAGGUGAGGGCUCGGCGGGCUGCAGGUUUCGUCCCGCGAUGCUGCCUCACCUGCCGGCCAUACCUGACCUACCUCACUGCUUCCUUAUCCUCGUCUCAGCUACGUAUGCUUCCCCAUUCUCAACCAUCACUCAUCUGCUCUCUUCUUACUCUCCCAUACCUGUAUAUUCGUAAUCAGCUCUGUCCAAGUUCCACUCGUUUUCUACUUGUGUUUUUUUUUUUUCAAAGUUGAUUGCCAUACUGCGUUUCUUUAGAUCAAUUAAUCAGUCAAUCAAAUCACCUGACUUCUAUUUUCUUAUCCCUCAAUUCGUGUAUGCCUAACUUUCCCAACGUUUAUUCUCUCUCUCUCUCUCUCUCUCUCUCUCUCUCUCUCUCUCUCUCUCUCUCUCUCUCUCUCUCUCUCUCUCUCUCUCUCUCUCUCUCUCUCUCUCUCUCUCUCUCUCUCUCUCAUGCCUUAUUCCGCCCCUCUGUUUGCCACCCACCCAUCACACCCACGCACUCACACACGGCGGUCACGAUGCACUCACUCACGCUCUCUCACACUCGCUCUGCUCAGCCAACUCAACCGGAAACUUGAAAACGAUACCUCCAUUUUUUUCUUUCUUUUUUCUUCUUUUUUUUUGUUAGUUUUAGUUUCAUGCAAUUGGCGUUUAUUCACAGGAAUCUUCCAGCGACACGUAUUAUUUUUCCGUCUUUUUUUUUUCUAUUGUGAUUAUUUUAUUAUCUUUGAGUUCGUUCGCUUUCUUUUUAUAUAUAUAUGUAUUUAGAUUUUAUUUUCUGAAGUCAUUUAUUUCGUUUAUGUUUCCGUUCGAAUAUUCAGUUUUUUUUUUAUUAAUGCAGAAAAUAUUUUACAAGAAGGAAAUUUAUCGAGUGAAAUGUCUUUUUUUUGUUUUAUAUUUUAAUUCAAGCAACAUACGAGGCCGCUUUGCUUCUCCCCUCUUUCCCUUUCCCCCUCCCCAAUAAUUUGUAGGACCGAUGACUCUCCCCUCUUCCCCCUUCUCCCCCUUCCCCCUUUAACCCAUCUCGUCUUCCCCUCCAGCUUUCCCCUCUUCCCCCCAGCUCCUCAUCCUCCUCUCAACGCGCUUGUCGGUUUACCAACGUAAUUUUUAAUGUGUUUUUUGUACAUGUCACGUUUUGCGAUAGAUGGGUAAGGCAGUUUAUAUUGUAAUAAUAAUUCCCGGGUUGUAGAAUAUUAUGAUUUCUUCUCCCACUGUCUCUCUAUUUCACCGACGUUUGUAUGUACGUAGAAAGGGGUUUAAUAUAACGUGGACUGUUUCUUUGUUUGUUGGUUUAGUACAAAGCUACAUAUCUGUUCGUCAAGUCCUCCGCAGCCUCCGUGCAUUUGUCUGGAUAGUGCAUUUUUUUCUCUCACCGUCGACUUCGGUUUUCUUUCGUGAGUGAUGUAGCGAUAGGCUGUAGCGUAGAGAGUUAUUAAUAUAUUUCUCAUGUUAUGUCUUUUUUUAUAUAUACAUAUACAUAUAUAAAUAUAAAUAAAUAUAUAUAUAUUUUGGUCUGUAUAAAAUAUGGAAAGUGAGUUGUGUUUGAUGUUUUUUUUCAUAAAAUAUUUAAAAAAUAUAAUAUAUAAAAAUGUUUGCAACCUAGAUAAUCAUGGAGUGACAAGGAACCAACCCUCAGGGGAAACAACAAUGAAAUAUUUAUACCGUGAGUCACACUUUCCCUGUGAACACUGAACACUGCCUCUCCUGGUGACGGAGGGACCCGGUGUCUGCCCUGUGUCCCGGCCAAGGCGGGAACCAGCGCGAGUGACCAACGGUUCGGCGAGGAACGAUUAGAAAAGAUACACAAACCAGUAAAGUGACGGGCCUCAUCCACACUACGGCUUGUUGCGCGUGGACCAAAAAGUGGAGCAACGAGUGGAUCACACUGAGGAAUGUAAAAAAUGCUUCCUCGGUCAAAAUAAAACUGUGUGGCCAAGAUUUGGACACAAAAAAAGAAAUAUUGGAAAAAAGAAAUGAAGCCAGUGUUUACGUUUGAAACAGUUUCCAAAGGGUCCACUCCUGGAUGGGAGAAAAAAAAAAUGGUAAAAUAAAAGCAAAAGGAACAGUACAGUAGUGGGCGUGGCGGCCCAUGCACGGAAAGCAAUGGCCGCUGUAGGGAGACUGAAUCACUUUGUAUGGUGUUAGUAGACAACCUUUUUUUUCCAUUACGAGUCACACUGUAGUCUUCCCUUGGUGACCUCCUGCUGCUGCUGCCGGAGGUGACCCAGUGACCCCUUUGAGACCCUCCCCCGUGAGAAGCACUAUGACCUCCCUGGCUGGUUAUCUCCGCCUUCAUUCAUAUAUUUUUGUAAAGCCCAGCACUGUCAUCCCAAACUCACACGACAAACACACAAACAAACAAACAAACAAAAGUAUAGAUGAUAUAUAUAUCUCUUAUACAGCCUUUUUCAGAACUUUUAUAAUUUUAUAUGAAGAAAAACUUUAAAUGGUGAACUUUAUAUAUAACUUAAAUGGUAAUGGAAGAAAGAGAGAAAAACUAAGCAAGUGACAAGUUCUAGGCCUUUUUUAUACAUAUAUAGCUUUUCUGCCGAUGUGCUGUUAUAUACACUGUCGAUGAAUGUGUGAUAACCACCCAUGUUAUUCUCCCCUAACCUCCUCCCCCCCCACCCACCUCCUUAUUAGACACAUGCAGUACCCUCCUCCCGUUUUCUAUUAAGAGUUCCCGUCUCCCCUCUCCCUCCCCCCUGUCCCUCUCCCUCUCCCCGGUUGAGUCGAAUAGUACAAGCCUCUCCCCGGCACUCUCUAGACACGCAGGUCCUCCAUUCUCUUUGUUAUCCAUAGAUCGAGCGGGAAAAAUAAUAAAGUUGACGGAAUAAA